UAACCAAAUAGGCAAUAUAGAAGUAUUAUUCGAAGCCAAAUGAGGAGUGGUGCAAGGAGUACUUCUGAGGUAGACAAGAAGGUUCAUAGAGAGUUUCCUCAUUGGUUCCGCAAUCGUAUUUGCAACAAUCUCGACAACAUUAGUGGAUCAGAUAAAAAUGUUCUCGUUAGUCUUGCUCAAGGUCCUUCUGAUAAAGUUAGAAGGUUCACUGCAUUUAAUGUCAAUGGUUUCAAAUUUCGAACAUUGGCACGAGACAAUUUAUUAAAAACUCAAAAUAGUGGAGUUUUUGGCAUGUUCGGAACACGAAGUUACUCAAGCAAUAGUGAUGCCCAAAUGAGAUUUGGAGGAGUGCCUUACUAUGGAAGAUUGAUAGAUAUCAUUGAGGUUUCCUAUGAUGGCUUCAAAGUGUCCGUGUUUAAAUGCAAAUGGGCGAAUACCACAAAUCCAAGAGGCAUUAAGACAGAUAAGUUGGGUUUUACCUCUAUAAAUUUUGCAAGACUAAUACAUACUGGGGAGCAUGAAGAUGAUGAGCCAUACAUUAAAGCGUCAGAAGCUCAAAUGGUUUAUUAUGUGGAUGAUGAAAAGGAACAAGGAUGGAGCAUACCUAUUCAUUUAAAGCCACAGGACUUGUAUGACAUGGGUUAA